CUCUGUAGAACCAGGGAGCUGAUGUCAGACUAUAUGAAUACCUCGAGCGGUUCGUCGACUGGUAUUUGACGUUCCGAGUCUUUUCUCUAGCCUACCUUCCAUUUCUCACAAACACACAUACACACGCACGCAAACCCAACCGAGCUCAACAACCCCCACGACAAUGACCACAGAGUUCCCUCAGACUAUUCGAGCCGUCGUGACCAACCCCAAACUCGCCUCUCUGGAGCUCAAAGAAAUCCCUUUUGCGAGCAGAUCAGACAUUAUAUAUCUCGGGCCCAACGCCGUCGUGGUCCGAAACCAAGCCAUCGCUCUAAAUCCCACGGACUACAAGUAUGCCUAUGAAGGCUGGGCGGCAGACAAGUCAGCCGUAAUGGGUACGGACGGGGCAGGGACCGUCAUCGCGGUGGGAUCCAACGUCAAGCACGUCAAAGUCGGUGACAGGGUCUCUGGGAUGGUCUUUGGUGCAUCCUCCCAGUCGAACGGGACCUUUGCCGAGAGUACGUGUAGUGUGACGUCCAUGGUCAUGCAAAGCGCUCCAACCGCCUUGCAAGCUGACGAGCGUUGCCAUUCUGGGUACAGUCACGGUAUACGAUGCUGCCCUUUCCACUUUGAAUGGCACGACGCAGCGCCUGAUGCGUGCGGACACUCAGGCGCGACCGCUGUGGGACACCACGCUGUUCAACUUGCUCACCUCUCUGGUUACCGAGUCUUCACCACCGCUUCCCCGGCCAAUCACCAGAGACUGCUCGAGCUGGGUGCGGACAAGUGUUUCGACUAUAGGAGCCCCUCGGUGGUCGACGACAUCAAAGCUGCCGCCGGCGAACAAGGGAUCUAUGCAGCCUACGAUACUCCCGCUUCAAACGGUUCGACGGCGAAUUCCAUCGGUCCGAACGGUGGCAGGGUCAUGUCGACUGUCCCUGCAGAUGCUAGCCUUCAAGCUCGACGUUCCGACGUCGAGGUCGGCUUCGUCUUGGUCUACACCAUGGUCGGCUAUCCCUUCAAGUUUGCGAACGGUUUCGACUUCCCUGCACUGCACGAGGACAACCGCCGAGCGCUUGAGUGGGUCACGCAAAAGCUUCCUGCCUUAUUGGAAGGCUGGCAAGAGGGUCAGGGAUCGGCUCGAUACAAGCCUCAGAAGCUUCGAUUCAACCACGGUCUGGACAAAGCCCACGAAGGAGUGGCUAUCCUCGGCAAAGGGGCUUACCAAGCCGAGAAACUAGUCUACCUGAUCUGAUCGCUGUUUGAUCUGUCGUGGCGGACCAAGUCGAUGAAAACGCUCAUUGGUUGAGAAGCGGUACUCACGACGAUGUGUUUCCGAUCUCAGAGUAAUAAACCGUAUCGCUUAGGAGCACCCGAGAUCUCGCAUUUAGGCAGAGUACAGG